AUGCUUCUCUCAUCACGAAAGUCUCCUCAACUCAGUUUGCGUAAAUCGGGAUAUGAUUCAAACGACCGAGGGCCGUUGUCAUCCACCUCUUCUCGAUUUAGCUUCAACCAUCUCAUCAAAUCACCACCACCUUCACCUAGUCUUCCUGCUCUGAUUCCCAGACACGGUAAACCAGCGCCAUCGCGGGCUCCACGGAAAUGGUUCAGAGGGCUGUUAUGGUUUUGUGGCAUAGCAGUGAUACUUUAUUUUGGUUGCACUUCAUCAUGGCUGGGAACGCCAAUUUCGGCAGUGGGAUGGGCAACAGAUUCAGGGAAUAUUUAUGAGAUGGUGGGAGAAUCAGAGUUGCCGGACUUUCCAACGCCAGUUAUUAUAACAGACAAACGCGGACGGUCGAAAUGGACGGUUUCCAUACCCCUCAAUCACGAAUUUCCUCUCAGUCCCCAACAAUAUACCGAUAUUUGCUCGCAAAAUAUGGAAGUUGCUGCCACAGUUUCAGAUCUUCAUAGCCACGUGCAUCGAGAGCAUUCUGCGCAUUACGAUUACUACCAUGUGGACCAAAACUUCAUGGACGUUGCUGAGGCAGAGGCACAUGGACUUUUACCUGGAAUUAAGGCAAAGAAUGGUGUAUUGGAGGAAAAAGAUGGCUCGUUAGUGGGCGAAAACAAGGAUGGCUUGAUUGAUUCAGAUAUCUGUGACAAGACUAUGACUUUUGUGCUGGAAACGUCGGAUGCGGGACUUGGAAGAACCUUGAUGAUGUUAUGGACUGCGUUUGGAUUGGCUCAUAAGGAAGGAAGACAUUUCUUCGUAGAUGACUCAAGAUGGGCAUAUGGCAAAUAUACCACCUUCUUCAAGCCUCCACCAACACCCAAUUGCAGACCCCCACCACGGCACGAAAUGCUUCCAUGCCCACAUCAUGCUCGCCAUUUAGUUGUUUCUGCCACGACUAGCACUCAUACCUUCGGAGGAUCUUUCAACGAUUAUUUUGAGGAUGCGAGAAAGAUGGAAGUUUAUCGACAAAAGCCAAUUUUCGAAAUGGCCGGACUCGGAUACAAAGCGCUUUUCCAUCUAUCCGACGGAGACAACGAAUAUGUCGACAGGAGGGCUGCGGAAUUCACGGUGAAGACUACACUCGACCCAGCGGACCAAGAAAGCGGAAUUGUAAUUGGUAUACAUGUUCGUCACGGGGACAGAAGACCAUACGAAUUCCAGUACAGGGACAGCUAUAUCCCAUUGACAGUGUACAACGACAAAGCACACAUGCUGCUCGACGAGAAAUACAACCACUCGCUUCCGAAUGGGGGACUCGACGUUUUGGCUCAGAUGGCUAGUGCAUUGGUUAUUGCCUCUGAUGACCCGGAUGUUUAUGAUUCAGAGGAAUUCAAGGACGUGUCUAGAGCACAAGAGCAUAUUCGACUAGCCUCCAAAAAUGCCCUUGAUGCAGCUGCGCCCAAGCCGAACGAUCCAGGCCCAAGGAAGUUCGUCGAUGAUACAGUGGGAUGGGAAGGUGGAUUUUUUGCUGGCAUGUUCUGGAGUUUGGGUAAGCCUACUGGUACUCCAAAAACUGCAGUUGAAACUCCAGACACAACGUUACCUCCGACUGCAGAAGCUUUAAGAUUGAGGGAAUUAGUGGGAAGAGCUUAUUUGAUGGAUUUGGCGGUGUUGGGUAAAGCAAGUGACAAGAUUAUUUGCACGGUUAGUGCCACGGGCUGUAGGGUUCUUGCCGUGAUGAUGGGAUGGGAAAGGGCGAUUGACCAAGGGGGAUUCAUCAAUGUUGAUGGAAACUUUGAUUGGAGAGGUGUAGUGUGGUGA